AAUCAACGUCUGUAAACAAGCUCGCUUCUCGUCGUGAAGUCUGUCGCCAGCAUCUCCGCCAACAUGACAUAACACUACGACUGCUAUCCGGCCGCCGGCACCUUUCGUGUGGGGAAGCUCCGUCCGUGUGAUACUCGAGCCGCGAAUCAUCUCCAGCCUGCGCAAACCCUCCACCCAUCUUGAUUUUGGUCUUGAUCACGUUGCUAUUCAGUCAUCGUUGUAACAUGACAUCGCAUUCCUAGCUCCAUCUAUUCCUCUUCUCUCCUCGUCUCUCCGUCCAGCGUUCCCACCACCGCGAACAUGCCCUUCCCCCCAAACCCAAUCCCACAUCUCCGCCGCAUCCACCACCACAAUGUCCACACAUUCAAAUCGCAACCGCUGGCCGAGCUGUCCGGCUCCUUAGGCGACCUAGGCACACUCCUCCCGCUCAUGACCGCCCUAGUAAUCACGCACUCCAUCUCGCUGCCCUCAACACUCCUCUUCACCGGCGCAGCAAACAUACUAACCGGCGUGGCAUUCGGCAUCCCGCUGCCCGUCCAGCCCAUGAAAGCCAUCGCCGCCGUCGCCAUAGCGCGCAAAUUCACCCUCGAGGAGAACGCCGCAGCGGGCCUGGUCGUCGCGGGCUUGGUCGGCUUGUUCAGCGUCACGGGGCUGAUCGCCUGGGCGAAUCGCGUCACGCCCGUCCCCGUCGUAAAGGGCAUCCAGGUCGGCGCGGGGCUAUCGCUGUGCAUGAGCGCCGGGACGACGAUGCUGGUCCCGCUGCGCUGGACGGGGCCGUGGUGGGGAGACAACCUGCUGUGGGCGGUCGCAGCAGCACUGCUCCUCCUCGCCACAUCCGCAUACCCCAAGUUCCCCUACGCGAUGUUCGUUUUCACCACAGGGGUCGCGCUCUCCCUCCUCGCCCCUACCAGCAGCGAGUCACCCACACCCUCCACACCCCUAAUCCCCAUCCUGCACCCCUCAGCCCACGACUUCUGGACCGCAACCUCCACCGCCUCGCUCGGCCAACUCCCCCUCACACUACUAAACUCCGUCAUCGCCGCCUCAGCCCUAGCAGCCGACCUUCUCCCCUCCCCCCCUUACCCGCCCACCCCCUCCGUAACCGCCCUCGGCCUCUCCGUCGCAGCGCUAAACCUCGUAGGCUGCUGGUUCGGCGCCAUGCCCGCGUGCCACGGCUCCGGCGGACUGGCGGGCCAAUUCCGCUUCGGCGCGCGCAGCGGGUCCAGCAUCGUUUUCCUCGGCGCUGUGAAAUUCUCACUCGGCGUUGUCGCGCUGUGGAACGCUCAGCCCAUCGUAAGCGUGCUGGCUGGUAUUCCCAAGGCGCUGCUCGGCGUGCUGGUGCUGGCCGCGGGCGUCGAGCUGGCUAAAGUUGGCGAGAGCGUUAAUACGGAUGCGCGGGAUUUGCGCGUUUUUGACGCCGAGCGGGCGUGGGAUGGGAAGCGGGUUAAGGAGCUGGACGGGCGGGAGAAGAGCGAGCGCUGGGUGGUGAUGCUGGUUACGGUUGCGGGGGUGCUGGCGUUUCGGAAUGAUGCUGUGGGGUUUGUGGCUGGGUUGGCGUGGCAUUGGGGGUUUAGGGGGGCGAGGGGUGUGCGGGAGUGGAGGGAUGGAGGGGAGUAUGCGGAGGAGGAGAGGAGGGGGUUGCUUGCGGGUGAGGAUGUGGGGGUUGUUGCUUGA